CUUUUUUCCGCGUACAAAUAACAAACCUAUCCAAACACUACUGCGUAUAAAUAAUUGGACCAUCCGCCUACUUCCUUCAAUUCAAUCAUCCGACAGCAAUGGCGGCUUCAUCCUCCAUUGUUGAGCUCCUCGCUUUCUCAAUCCUUCUCUUCCUCUGUUCUUCAUCUUCGGCCCAAUCCUUUCGCCCUAAAGCUCUAGUGGCCCCUGUCACUAAAGACGCCUCCACUCUUCAAUACCUUACCAGAAUCAACCAGAGGUCACCGCUUGUGCCUGUCAACCUCGUCCUUCAUCUCGGCGGCGAGAUCUUGUGGGUUGACUGCGACGGGAAAUACGUCUCCUCUUCUUACCGCCCGGUAAGGUGCCGGUCCGCCCAGUGCUCCCUCGCUCGGUCCAUCGCCUGCGGAGAUUGCUACUCUGCUCCUCGCCCUGGCUGUAACAAUAACACCUGCGGCACCUUUCCUUAUAAUCCCAUCUCCCUCACCUCCACCAGCGGCGAACUUGCAGAGGACGUCGUUUCCGUCGCUUCCACCGACGGGUCGACUCCGGGAAGGCCCGCCGCGGUGUCCCGAUUCCUCUUCACUUGCGCUCCAGCUUUUCUGCUGAAGGGUCUGGCGAAAGGCGCAACUGGAAUUGCGGGUCUGGGUCGGGCAAAGGUCGGGAUUCCUUCACAGUUCUCCUCUGGUUUCAGCUUCCGCCGGAAAUUCGCCAUUUGUCUGACUUCAUCGACCGGCGUUGUCUUCUACGGCGACGGGCCGUAUAAUUUUCUCCCCAACGUCGAUGCAUCAAAGCUCCUGACGUACACUCCGCUGUUGAUCAACCCAGUGAGUAACGCCGGAGCUUCAUCUGCGGGGCAACCGUCGUCGGAGUACUUCAUCGGUGUCAAAUCGAUCCAAAUUGGAGACAAAGAAGUGAAGCUUAACACGUCGUUGUUGACAAUUGAUGCCGAUGGAAAGGGAGGAACAAAGAUCAGCACCGUCAAUCCUUACACGGUGAUGGAAACCUCCAUCUUCAAAGCGGUGACGGCGGCGUUCGUGAAGGAGGCCGCCGCGAGGAACAUUACCAGAACAGCAGCGCCGGUGUCACCUUUCGAGGUUUGUUUCGGUGCAGAGAACAUUCUCAGCACGCGUGUGGGGCCAUCGGUGCCGUGGAUCACUCUGGUUCUGGGAGGGCAGGGUGCGAAGUGGACGAUCACGGGGGCAAAUUCAAUGGUGGACCUGCGGGAUUCCGGGAAGAAUGUGCUGUGCCUGGCGGUGUUGGACGGAGGCCGGAACCCUGGGGCUUCAAUCGUCAUCGGCGGUUACCAAAUGGAAGACAAUCUUUUGCAGUUCGACUUGGAAGGUUCGAGAUUGGGGUUCAGCUCCACACUGUUAGGAAGGCAGACCAACUGCGCCAAUUUCAAUUUUACAUCUUCAGCUUAAAAAAAUAAAAUCAACCAUUUUAUAACACUACAAUAAUGGCAUUUUUACACAGCAACGAAUGUCAAUUUUGCAUCCUCCAUCAGCUUAAUAAUGUCAUCUUAAAUCUCCGAUAAUCACUUAUUACAAUUCUAUUUGAGCCCCUUUGGUAACAUUAAAAUUGGUUGAAUUGGCUGAUUCUGCUGAAAUUUAUGAUGUUCUGGCUGAAGUGGCUGUAUUGGCUGAUUUUGCUGAUUUAUAAAAAAAUUAUGUUUAAAAUAUUUGUUAUUAAUAAAUUAAACAAAAAAUUAUAUGAAAAAAUAGCAAAAAUGAUCCUCUACAGUAACUUCAGCCAAUACAGCCAUAAACGUAACUCUAACCUUACUUUUUCAGCUUAUUACAAAAUUCAACGCGCGAAAUCAAAAGUUAAAUGUUUGGUGAAAAAACUGGCUGAUAAGCCUGAUAUGACGAAAAAAGAGGUCACCAAACGGGCUCUUUGUGUCCCUUUAGCUUUAAUUUGCAUGGUAUACAUUGAGUAAUUUGCAUCUUAAGUUUAAUUUCAUUUAUUACUCUUAAAUUUAGAACUCGUUUGAUAACAUUAAAAUUAACCGAAUCAGCUGAUUUUGCUGAAACUGAUUAAAUUCUAGCUGAAUUAGCUGAAUACACUGAAUUAUGAUAAAAUUAUACUAGUAUGAAAAAUAUAUUUUAGUAAUAAAGUAAAAAAAAAAUGAAUAUAUUUGUGUUUAGGUUGUUGCAAAGUUAUUUAUUUGUUUUCCAUUCCUGUAAUUUAUGUAAUUAUGUUAAUUUUCAUUCUAAUCAAUCAGUAAUGAUAACAACUUUUGUUUAACGAC